CUGUGAAGAUGGCGUCGGGCAGCGGGACAAAAAACUUGGACUUUCGCCGAAAGUGGGACAAAGAUGAAUACGAGAAACUCGCGGAGAAGAGACUCACAGAAGAGAGAGAAAAGAAGGAUGGAAAACCAGUGCAGCCCGUCAAGCGGGAGCUUCUUCGGCACAGAGACUACAAGGUGGACUUGGAGUCCAAGCUUGGGAAGACAAUCGUCAUUACCAAGACAACCCCACAGUCUGAAAUGGGAGGCUACUACUGCAAUGUCUGUGACUGUGUGGUGAAGGACUCCAUCAACUUCCUGGACCACAUUAAUGGAAAGAAACAUCAGCGAAACCUGGGUAUGUCUAUGCGUGUGGAACGCUCCACUCUGGAUCAGGUAAAGAAACGUUUUGAGGUCAACAAGAAGAAGAUGGAAGAGAAGCAGAAAGAUUAUGAUUUUGAGGAAAGGAUGAAGGAACUGAGAGAAGAGGAGGAAAAGGCUAAAGCAUACAAGAAAGAGAAGCAGAAGGAGAAGAAAAGGAGGGCUGAGGAGGACUUGACGUUUGAGGAGGAUGACGAGAUGGCAGCUGUGAUGGGCUUCUCUGGCUUUGGCUCCGCCAAGAAGAGUUACUGAGGCAUUCUCUUGGGCCUAACUCUGGCCUAUACUGGACCUAACUUUGAGUGUGUGUUGAGGUGGGGUGGGGUGUCAUUUCUUUUUUGGGUACUGGAGAAAGUCCUUAAGAGUGUUAAUGGGCAGGGGUGGAGGGUGGGUUUUUGUGGUUUCCCUCUACGUUGGGAAGAGGGCACAGGAUGUA